CCUAAUUACAACAUCUGUAACAACAACAAGCGAAAUAACAACAGAAGAAGAUACACAACCGGAAACAACUUCUAUCACAGCGAAAACAGAAUAUACUCAAAACGCGGGGAUAACUAGUAACAUUGAAAGAGAAACAACUGACGCAGUGAAAGUCACCAAGCCAGAUUUCCAUAUAAAAACAGAUGCCUCCCAUGGAACAGAUGACCAAAAUAACAGACAAGACAGCACUAACCCAGUAGUUACGGGGCCUUGGAUUGUUUUCACUAAUGACAGUGUUAAGUACACCAGUACUCAGAAAACUACUCAGAAAAUUACUCGGAAAGGAAUAACUCCUGAGUAUAACAGUACUAGAUACAACAGAAGUAGGGUCGAUAAUACUGUGGCCAUUGGAAGGUGGAGACACCAUGGCACCGAAAUACAGGCAGAAAAUCAUCAAUGAAACAUUCCUACACCUAAUAUUCAUAAUAUUACCAAUUUACACAUGUGGAGGUGGAGGAUCUACUACAACUACUUUGAACACUGAUCCUUUUGUCGACCGCGGCCAGCUUUUCAGUAAUUUAAAGAAGGAGUCAUUCAUUAUACAAUCUGUGGAUAUAAUGAAUGGACAACCAGAGAAUAUUUACUUCGAGGUGAUGUAUAACGUAUAUUAUAUUGGAAUUACGACUGAUAAUGAAAACCUCUUUCAGAAUCUCGACGCCACAGAAAGAUUGUCGCAGCUGGUGAAACAACGUAACAUUUCAGUUAAUAUAUCAGUUUACAAUACAGAAGAAGAAACAGAAUACAUGUGUGCAACAAUACAACUGAAAACCAACGAUGUUAAGUGUGCCGAUGGAGUUGUAGGCCAUAGGUUGAUUAUAUCACCUGCCAAUGUAUAUUUCACGUUGAUUGUUUACGGUAUGCGCUCUUUGUAUGAUAUAAAAGCGAAAUUUAGCCACCACAUAGAAAAUGGUACAUAUCCGAUGAAAUGGGUAGAAUCGGGGAAUCCGUCGUCAAGGGUGAGGAACGUUACCUUGAAUAAUGAAUAUAGGAUAAGUGGCUUGCAGUUGCACAAACAGUACAACAUUAAAGUACAGACAUGUGAUAUAAAUAUAAAGCUCACAAUAACGUUCAUCCACACACUGUCUGAUGGUAAACUGAAAGACUUCAAGGAAUUUUCUUAUGCGUGCAGCUGGAAAACUUUUGGAGUUCAUGUUUGGUUAUUGUCAAUCGCAACAGAAAUAGUUCCUAAAAUCUCGACCACAAUGACUUUGAACAAUAACGCAGUGAAAACAGGAAAUAUAAGCAUUCAGAUUCCAUCGAAUAUAAUUCAGCCAAAUUCAAUUAGAAUUGGUUACACAGAUAUAUUUAUAUUACCAUUUAUUGAUUGCAUAGACGCUAAAUCAAUAGACGUGAAAAACUCUGGGCGAAGGAAUUAUAGCCUAAUCAAUAUGAAUAUUACCAGCUCAGAAUGCCAUCACAGCUAUCAAAUGGUACACGGAGAAGUCUUGACCAAACAAAAGUAUUGGAUAAACUCUUACAAUCAGAGAGACAUAAAUGUUACGGCAAUGACUGGUGACAUUGGAACUGAUGAUGGUAUCAACAUAUUACUGUAUUAUGUUGAUUACAAAUAUCACUAUACUUUAGACACCGAAAAUGAUGACUUCGAAAACAACAUGUUAGAUGUGUUCAGUUUAAAAUCUGCUUCAUUGUAUUUACUCAAAUGCAUCGAAGUGGAAAGUGUAACUCCUACAACACAGUGGAUAAUGGAGAGUAUCAGCGUUAACGAUGAAGACCAAGAACUGAUAAGCUAUACACAUAAUGCGACUCUAAACGAAAGUGUUCUGUACUGCAAGGAUCAAGCGAGCGGAGAUGUCAUGUGGACAGUGAUUGUUUAUGAUGAGGGGGAACCCAGUGUUAAUGCUACGUCAAUAAAACUUAUUGGCUCAAACAAGAGUGAGCAAUUCUAUUUUUUAAGUUAUAAGGAAUAUCAGGAAAAUAACUCUUCUGGGUUGGAAGAAACAUUUAACAUCUCCAUUUCUGAUGUCGGAAGACUUGUUGCUGUACAACUUUGGAAAUAUCAUCACUUUCGGAAUAUUCAUGUAAUUUUGAAGAAAGAAACAGUGGAAUACAGUUUUCAUUCUACCAGCUGUAAUGUAAGAACCAUCACGUUAUUUGAUUGGCAUUGUGAUACACAAAUAAAUGUAACAGAUCUUUUUGAAUUAUGUUUAAUGAAUGACACUUGCGACAAAAACCAGUUUUCCGAAUUAAUUAAUAUUGAAUCAGUUUGGCUGCUUGAAAUAACAGGCUUAGAAAUUGCAAAUGUGGAUUUGCGGAACAACAGAGAUUAUAGCAGCAGAGUUAACUUAAAUGUGAAUACGACAGAAACAAAAUCACAGACUAUGCUUUGUCUAAGUCAUCAACUGUUUUCUGAUAUUAGAACUAUUCUUAUUGACAACUGUGACGUUGGUAACAUUAGUAUUAAAUUGACCUUGUUAGUUCGCAACGUAUCUGUCAUAUAUUAUGCGACAAGAAUCGGGCAUCAUUGUGACUGUUGCCAGUGGUAUGUAAGUGAUAUUUUACCGGAGAUAACGACAGCCCAACUAACAGAAGAAAUAACUACUGUUAAUACUGACUCUACACCCCAAACGGAUAAUAGUGUUAGCACAAAUUCAGAAACAUCUGUUACCGAAGAAAGUGUAAGCGAAAUCACCACACCGGUGGCAUUAGUUACAUCUCCCGAACUAAUAACUACUGAAGGAGAUCUAAGCGAGACCACCGAACCAGAGACUACAGCAUUACUAACAACUGAAAGUGAGAUAUUUACAUCAACAGUCUCACCAUUCUCUGAAACCGAGCCUAUUUCUCCAGCAAACACAACACUGUGUCCAUGUGAGUGUGAAAACGAACGACACAACCUAACCCAAAAGGAACUCGAAAAAAAGCUACUUGAGAUUGUUUCGGAGUUAUCACUUCUGCGAAAUUCAACUUCUAAAUACAUCCGUUCUAAAGUUAGUAUGCCAGACGCACGAUUAUCUUCGACAUGUAUUGGCGCUAUCGCUGUCCUUGUCAUUAUCAUACCAUUUACAAUGAUAAUUUCUAUAGACGCCCUAUAUCUUUUCAAAUGGCUCUACGGCGUAAUUAUGAGUUAGAACUAUUUCAGCUCUAUGU